UUCCCGGACCACUUCUUCCAGCACUGGAGCGGGUACAAUGUCAUGGCGCCGCUGCACGACCCCGUCCCGGUUAUGGCGCUCGUGCCGCAGUUUUAUGGGUAUUAUCAGCCCGAAGACCCGCUCCCAGAUUAUCUGAGUCCCAUCCUCCUCCUCGAGCACUGCGGCGUGCCCAUCGACGUCGACACGCUGUGCGCGGACGACAGAAACGAGUGCGCGUCGCUGCUGCUCCGCUUCCACCACGAGGGCUGGCUGCAUAACUCCUUCGCGGAGCGCAACAUCCUCGUGCAGGCCGGCCCGAUCACGGACUGGCCCCUCGGGCGCAUGUUUAGCGACAAGUACUCGUUCCGCCUCAUCGACUUUGGGCGCUCGGCCAAGUACGAGCGGAGCCUCGACAGGGCGGCGGAGGAAAGCGAGAUGGCGAGGUUGCUGAAGCUUAUGCAUUUUGCCGAGACCUAA